AGGCAAUGAAAAUGGCCCAUGGGGUGAAGCAUGUGUAUUACGUUGGUUCUGGGGCAGUGAUCCACCUCCUGGGGGCCAUCGGCUACGGCCAGGCAGGGGGGCUCCUGCCUCCAAAGCUGGAGGUUCUGGAGGACAUGAUGGAGGUCAACUCAGCCUCACCUGUCCAGAGGCCCAGAUUGAAGGAAAGGCCCAUGGCCCGGGGCCCCGCGGGGUGCCAGAUCCUCUAGCCACCUCCCUCAGGGGGGACAGCAUGGGGCUCUGGUGGCCUCUCUGACCCCUUCCACCAUCCGAGGACAGGGUCCCCCUGGGGCUGGGAGGCUGCACCUGGGGACAAGGCCUCGGGUCCUCACCCCUCCCCUCAGUGUGGCCCAGUGGAGGCUGAAGAGGAGGAGCCUGGUGAGCAGGCGCAGGGAGAGGACUCAGCUCAGCUUCAGCCCCAACAGGAGAAGCUACCCCUGGAUAUUGGGGUACGGGGCACUGUGGUCCGUGCCAUGCGGGAGGCGCUGUGGAGUCGCCUUCAGGAGCGCCCAGACCUGGCGCUGAGUGAGGAGGCCGUGGAGGGCAUUGCUGCCGGCAUCGAGGCAGCCCUCUUCGACCUGACACAAGCCACCGACGGCCGCUACAAGAACAAGUACCGCAGCCUGCUGUUCAACCUGCGGGACCCCAGGAACCCGGACCUGUUUCUCAAAGUGGUUCACGGAGACGUCAGCCCCCACGGCCUGGUGCGGAUGAGCUCGGUCCAGCUGGCCCCCCAAGAGCUGGCCCGCUGGCGGGACCAGGAGGAAAAGAGGAGCCUGGAGAUCAUCGAGCAGCUACAGAAGGAGCCGUGCAGCCUCCCGGCCUCCAAACUGACCCACAAGGGGGAAGUCGAGAUCCUGCGGGACAUGGACCAGACGCUGACCCUGGAGGAUCUGGUGGAACCCAUGGUGUCCAUAGACUGCGGCCCACUGGCCCUGCCUGCCACGUCGAGGGGCACCACGGAGCAGCACGAGGACACCACAGAGCAGCACAAGCACCACUUCCUAGACCCCAGCUGCCGCAUCUGCAUGGACUGGAAGCCCUUGUAUGAGCGGCCAGCCUCCUUCAUAGCCACCAGGAGGAUGGGGGAUGAUGCUUUCCAGAGAGCCCCAAGCCUGGUCCCUAUGUCCUCUCCAGAGAUGCCCCAAACCAAGGAGAAGCCUCCCACGGAGCCCAAGGACUCUGUUCCUCCCUCUAGGCUCCAGAUGCCUGCUGGGUCCACAAAAGCCCUGCCCAGCCAGCCACCCUGGGAGGGGUCUCUGGACGUGUUCUCCAUUAAGCAGUUCCGGGUCAAGGCCCAGCUGGUCUCGGGGCACAGCUUUUGGCUCAUCCGGGCCCUGCCCCAGGUGAUCCGCUCUGCAGGCUGCAUCCCCCCCAGUGCUGUCUGGGACUUUCUGGCCAGCAUCUGCCCAGCCGAGGCCAAGGACGUCUGCGUGGUCAGACUGUGCCCACAGGGCUCUCGGGACACCGAAAAUUGCCACCUGCUUUAUUCCUACCUCAACGACAAGCAGUGCCAUGGCCUGGCAGCUGUGGAACAGGUGGGGGUGGUCCUGCUGCCCCUGCCUGCCUUCCAGCCCCUGCCCUCCAGGCUGCGCCCUCUUGGAGGCCCAGGCCUGGAAGCCACUCACGCAAGCCUGUUGCUGGCUGUGCUGCUCCCCAAGGCAGGGCUUCUGGCCACAGCAGAGUUCAGCCCCUUGUGGGGGAAGGUUCGCAAAAUGCUCUCCUUCAACAGAAGAGCGGAGAUGAGAUGCUACCAGCCAGAGGCCACAGGGCCAGACGUGGCCCUGAAGGGAUCCCCUCCCCCGGUGGGUGCCCUGCAGCAGGGCCAGGGCAAAGGCAGCCUGGCCCCAAGGGGAAUCUGUGCUUGGCAGAGGCCUCCCAGAGGCAGGGGGAGACUGUGGGGAGAGCCUGAGACCUGGCAGGGUCCUGGGCGAGGGCAACGGCGUCCAAACCCAGGCUGGCACCAGUCCUGGCAUCCCUAUUCAGCUUCACCAGCUGGCCAUGACCAGCACCUCCACAGGGCUUCCUGUCCCCGCCAAGCCCUGCUUCAGCAUCUCAAAUCCCUGGUGGCCAUGAGCCACCAGUUCCAAGCCUCACUGAGGUCCCUAGGCCAGGAGCAACUUCCCCGACCUCCUGCCCAGCCUCCUGCAGCCGCUGGGAUUCUUGGCCUCCUCUGCCAGUCCCCUGCAGCUCCAGAGCCCCCUGGCCCAUCCCUUGACUCCUCUUUGGGAUCUACAGAUGGAGCCAGCUCUGAGUGUCCCCUUCCUGCAGAGACCUGA